AUGGCUGCCGAUUCGCAAGCAACAGCCUUACUGGGUUCCACACGGUUCAAUUUGGCACUCAUUGGAUUUUUGGGCUGUGUUGUUAUCUAUGCGCUGCGUAGCGAUGUCAGUUUUGCAAUUGUCUGCAUGGUAAAUAGUACCGCGGUCGAUCUUCUGGCCGGCAACACCAAGAGUAAUGUCAGCAAACACACAACAUGUCAAAUUCGUGAUGAUCCCGCUGAUACAUUGAAUAGCAAAAAAGACGUCAGCUCUGAAAUCUCUAGCUUGGAAAUAAGCAUGAAAAAUCGAGUUGAGAAACUAAAAACUCAGCUGGAGCAUAAACACAAGCCAGAAUUCUUAGCCGAUGAGGAACGAAAACUUAGCGGUAUAGGUUCGAUGUGA